GAUUACAUAGAUAUAAAACAUGUUCUUGGCCAAAGAACGCGAAGAGGGCAAACCGAAGAAGACAAAGCGACGGUCACGUCGUAAACCAAUUGGUCCUUCAACAAGCGCAGGGGAGGCCAUCGAGAAAAUGUUGCAGGAAAAGAAGAUCUCAAGCAAAAUCAAUUAUGAUAUUUUGCGUACGUUGACGGAAGAUAAUGUAACUGCUGUCAGCACAACAGCCACAGAGGUUGCGGCAAGUGAGGCUUUAGACGUGAAAAAUGUGCCAAUCAUUGAAACGGGGCCCAUUAAGCACAAUAAUAGUCGCGCCAAACCAGCUUACACAAUUGGUGGACCGGGAGCCAAAGUGCCUAAAUUAGAGAUGGGUCUGCCCGUGGCAGAGGAAGCGGCGACACCAACGAAGCAGGAGCCGGUGGUUGUCGAGAAUCAUGACUUGGAUGAGUUUGUGGAUGAUGCAGAUGCGGAUGGCGAUGCUGAGGUGGAGCCUGAACUGAAAGAUAUGCUGAACGAUGGUGAAUAAGACGACUAUUGACCGCCAUUUGGAAAUAUUUGCUUCCUAAUAGAGGGCUAUGGAGUUACAUAUACUAUUACACGAGUGAAUCAUACAUUAUUGUAAUGAAAGUAUGGCAGCUAACUCACUUAUAUACUAGAAAUAUUUAUAUAAAUAUAUUUAGCUAUUACUGCUUACAUUUUUCUUAAUAUGAUCACGUGACGAAAAAAACUAUCUACUAGGGAUCUCUCAUAUAAUCUGCAUUUGAAUUACUUGAAAGCGCAGCA